CGAAUACACCACACCUCCAAACCAAGUCUCUCUCUCUCUCUCUGUCUCUCUCUUCUCCGUUUCACGCACCCAAAAAAACACAGUAAAACAAAGACGAAAUGGUGAGAGAGGUAGCAGAGAGCUGCGUCGAAAGUCUGCUAACAGAGAUAGUCUCUUCAUACUGCAAUGGAUUCUACGCCAGCAAGCCAGAGCUUGCCGCCCGUCGGAUCGAAGCCAUCGGCUUCCAAGUCGGCCACCAGCUCUCCGAGAGGUAUACCAUGGAUAGACCAAGGUUUAGCGAUCAUCUGGAGGCAAUCAAGUUUAUCUGCAAGGACUUCUGGUCUGAGCUGUUUAAGAAACAGAUAGACAAUUUGAAGACAAAUCAUAGAGGUACCUUUGUAUUGCAAGAUAAUAAGUUCCGCUGGCUUGCUCGUAUGUCCCUGGAUCCAUCACUGGAAACUCCUGGUUCUAUUCAAGAUCCUGUUGCUAUGGCUGAGAAUAAAGUAGCCCAAGCUAUAGGAAUGCAUCUUUACUUCCCGUGUGGAAUCAUAAGGGGAGCGCUUUCAAACUUGGGAAUUCCAUGUGCAGUUUCUGCAGAUAUAUCCAAUCUUCCCACAUGUUCCUUUGUGAUUCGUAUAAAGGCUUGAUGAGUUUUUUCCCAAAUGAUGAGGUUGACCUCCAUUUUGAACUUUGAGUUUACAAACUUGAACAGGUUGAAUUGUAAGGGACGUGUGACAUGUGAUAUGUAUUUAUUCAUUUACUGCUGCAAAAAGAUGUGAAAGGAGUGCACUAUUUCAGUGGUCUUGUCUUCAACCGGUUUAACUCUGUUUCCCAUUCUUUUUCUGCUCCCUUUACGCUUUAUAGAUCCGUCAAGCCUGCAUUGGAUCAUUGUUGACUUCAAUUUUCAAGAUGUCGUGGUUGAACUUCAAUUGGUUCUCUAACAAGAGCAACUGCGUGAGUGCACAAAGCAAUCGUCUGAUAGAUCCUUGGACAGUUCCAUCUUUACAGAUGCCGAGGCAAAAAGUUUUCUAAACUAGAGGCAGCAUGGCCACAUCAUAUAUUUGCAGCAAGAAUUGGUCCUUUUAGAUUUUGUAACAAUUUACUGGAAUCAAAGAUAUCCUUUUUUCACUUACA